AUGGAAGAAAAGUUACUCCAGUUGCUUAGGGUGUUCCUUUCAAAGGAGGUGAGCUUGAGGUUGAUCCAAGGACUCCGAAAGCAAAAGCUUGAUAAGGAAAAAUGUAGUGGAAUGAAGAAAUACUCACAUGAUGUUUCUAUAUUCGAACUGUACUGA